UCGUCAGAGCGACUCGACUCAUCGUCGACGGUGACUCGUCGCGUGUCGCCCAGUCUCUCACCGACUUCGCGCCCGUCAACGUCGUUGUCGUCGUCGUUGUCGUUUUCGUGCCACCGCCGUCGCCGUCGUCGUCGUCGUCGUCGCUCGUCGUCGCCGUCGUCGUCGUCGUCGUCGUCGUGCUGGUGGUGUUGUGUUACUCACUCCGGUGUCAGACGUGUAUUCGUGAAACCAGUCGAAUUUCUAUUCAUCGGAUUGUUCGUCUCUCGUGUUUGCCUCUUUUUUUUCGUUCUUACUGUCAACGCACGCUCUUUGUGCACGUAUAUAUGCGUAAGCAUCGCCUGUCUUAUUCCAUCUCGUUUUAUUCUCCACAUACACGGGUGUAUAUGCGUAUAUGUAUAUGUGUAUGUGUGGCUGGCUCUCAUAGACAAGUUACGCGAGAAGUUAACGGAGAUCAAACGGAAUCGAACGAGAUUUACUGUGGAUCGAUGAGAAGACCGGCAUAUAGGCGUGAAGUUAGCGAAAGCUGACCGUUGACACGUACGAAGUGUAUUCGGCUUGUUAUUCCGUCCUGUGCCUGGUCACCAUCGUAUUCGAUUAUCCAACGCGGAUCUCUGUUUAUCUUGAUUCCGAUCGAUUGUUCGUCAGGGGAUAUCGAGAGGUGUCAAUUGUCCAUUGUUGCCGCGUGUGUACACGCCUAUACAAACGCGUCUAGGUUGGGAGAAACGCGUGGAAAAGCUGUUUUUGCCGGUCGAAGUGUUCGUUCUAUUGGCGAGCUUGUUCUUCAAGGUAUGUAUGCGAAUGUUCUUAUCAUUUUUUCGUUUAAUGAUGUUUACAUGAAGCAAUUUCAGCGUUUAUAUCGUUUUAAGUGCGAGGGAAAGUUUAACAUGUACGUGGUUCUAUAGUGUCGGUGUGGCGCUGCGCAUGGAUCACCGGUAGUUCGAUUCGCGUAAAUAUAUAUUCCCGCGAAAGUGUUGGAUUUAUGUAAAAAAACAUGUUAUAUACACGUGGAAUAAUAUCUUUGCAAACAAUAUUAACAAAAAAUACAAAUUGUUUCUUAUAACCCAAAUUUUUUUAUCAUUUCCAUUAUUUCUUGGGCAAUUCGAUUAUUCGAUAUUCAAUUUAUGCGAUCGAUAUAUCGAUAUUCCAUGUUCUACGUCAUCAUUGACAAAUCUAGUCAAAUGAUAGAUUUAAUCAUUUAUAUAAUAUAUUAAUUUUUCUUUUAAAGUUGAUAUUUAUUUUAUUUUAUUAAUAAUUUGAAAAAUAUUUUUUAUUAUAAUUUUUUCGUCUAUAUAUUUGAUAUAUUAUUAAUAUUUAAUAUAUUACUAUUAUUAUUAUUGAUGUCAGUAGUACUGUAGUGUUGCAAAGUGAAGCCACGCGUACCCUGACACAAAAAUAGUUUGAGAAUGUUUAAAACUUUUGAUUUAUAUUGCUAUCAAAAUAAAGCACGAGUGCGGACGAAAUUCCGAAAACGCAAAUAUAUAAUCGAUCGUAAAAUUCGGGGUGGAACGGUUAAAACAAUCAGGGAAAUUGUAAGUGGUGUAUGAUCGUGGAUCUUCCAUUUUGAAUUCCAUGUUCGAAUGUGCUAAGUAAAAAAUAUAAUUGCGAUGGGCGAGUCCAAAAAUAAAAAUGUUUAUUGUGAAGCGUCGUUUAUUUUUAUAUUGAUAUUAUUUGCCAAUAUGUUCAUUGCGAUCUCGAACAUCCAUUAAGACACCAGAUAUAUAUACGAGAAAUAUCACAUGGAUCGUUGGACAGCAUUCGACAUGUAUAAUCAUCUUGAAAAUUUAGGACAAUCUUUUAAAAGAAAAUGUCGUCGCUGCGAACGCAGUCGACCGGCGGCGGUGUCCUCGGGUUGAGCAGCGUCGGCUCGGAUCGGACCGGUGCCACCUCGACCGCCGCCGGUUCCCAUUCCCACUCGCACAGGAGGCACCAUCAUCAUCACAGGAGCAGAAGCGCGCCCAGGGCGCCGGAGAAACCGCCCAGGAAGCGUCAUCUUAAUCCUGGCCACAGCAUCGCCUCCAUUCCCAGCCAGAUUAAGCUCUCGAUGCUCAACAGCGGCCUCAUCUCUUUCGCCACGGAGGAACUCGGUAGCAGUAUGAGCACCACCCUGCCAUCCGCGCCGACCGAACUCUCACAAUUUCCCAAGCUUUGCGAGUUACGUCGAAAGUUUCCUGUUCUGUACCGCGUCGAGUUUCAGACGGCAACGAAGGUGGAGACGCAUUCGUGUAGACACGCUAUGAAACCAGCCAACAAAGAAAAGAAUCAAAACCAAAGGUGUAUUCCUUAUGACUACAACAGGGUGGUUUUGGAUCCAAUUGAAGGCGAGCCCGACUCUGAUUACGUUAAUGCCUCUUACGUAGAUAGUAUAUUGAAACCGAACGCUUACAUCGUGACUCAGGGACCCAUGGAGAACACCGUGACGGAAUUUUGGCGGAUGGUCUGGCAGGAGAAGGCCUGUUGCAUUGUAAUGCUGACGAAAACGUUCGAUUUCAUCAAGGUGAUGUGCGUCCAAUAUUGGCCUGCAAGCAAAGAGAAAGACGAGGAGUAUGGCGGUAUCGGCGUUUCCGUUCUGAAGGAAGAAGAGCUCGCCAAUUUCCACAUACGUACGAUAAAACUCUACAAGAAGAAUGAAAACGACGAGAUAACCGAAGAAAGAACGUUAUUGCAGUUUCAUUACACGGAAUGGCACUCGCACACGUGUCCAUUCGGAAACGCGGUUUUAGAAUUCCGUCGGCGCGUGAGGGCAGUUGUCGGCUCCACCAUAAAGAACGAGUCCGGGCCUAUGGUGGUGCAUUGCAACGACGGUGGAGGAAGAUCCGGCGUAUACUUGGCGAUAGACGCGAAUAUGGAACUGGCCGAGGAGGAGGACGCCUUCGACGUGUUCGGCUAUUUGAAAAAGUUGCGGCAAAGUAGAAGAGGACUUAUCGAGAAUUUGGAACAAUAUAAAUUCGUGUACGAUACGCUGGAGGAGUUCGUGGUGUGCGGUACGUCGUGGUUUCCGGUCUCGGAACUGUCGCAGCGUCUCAAGCAGAAAAGUAUAAAAAACCCAAUAACUAAGAUGAAUGAAUAUCAACGGGAAUAUCAGCAAAUUUGUAAGCAAACGCCGCGUUUUACGAUCGGGGACUGCGCCGGAGGCCACAGAGCCGAUAACAGAGAAAAGAACAGAGACGUGUUGGUCGUGCCGCCUGACAACUUUCGACCAUACCUCACCAGCUUCCAGGGUAACAGUUAUACAGAUUAUAUAAAUGCUGUGUUUGUAGAUGGUUACACGAAGCCCAGGGAAUAUAUCGUGACUGAAUGGCCUCUUCGACACACGUGCGGCGAGUUCUGGUCCUUAGUUUACGACUACGAGUGUGCCGCUGUGGUAGUACUAUGUGUACCUCCGCCAGGCUCCACCAAUUUUCCCAGCUUUUGGCCCGAAGGAAAGCAUUCGAAGAAAUACGGUCCUGUGUUCACGAUUGAUCACAUUAGUCACAAUCAUUACACGAAUAUCAAGACCUGGAUUUUUAGGAUAAAUAAAAAGAUCGUGUCGUUGACCGAAUUAAUGGCAGGCGUGAAGGCUCCACCGAAGACAGUUCAACUGUUCCAAUUGACCUGUUGGCCGAUGGGUCACAAGGUUCCGACAUCGACGAACAGUCUGGUCGAGCUGAUGAAUAUGGUGGAGAGAUGGAGGCAACGGACUGAUUAUGGACCGGUCGCUGUGGUCUCCCCGGAUGGAAGGAGUCGUUGUGGCGUAUAUUGUGCCGCAAACGCGUGUAUAGAGCAGGUGAUACAACACGGGGAAGUGGACAUUUUCCAGGCAGUUAAAACCGUGCGCAGGCACAGGCCUCAACUCGUUGAGAACAUGACCGAGUACAAAUAUUGUUACGACCUAGUGUUGCAUUACGUGCUACACUACCUGAACAAGGACAUGAACGAGAAAAAGUGAGAAAGCGAGUUGAGGGACGAGCUGUGGUUCAUCGAGUUCGGCCGCGGGGCGGCGCUGCCGUUGACUCCGGAGGAAGCCCCGGUUGAUGGCGAACCUAUGGUCCCGUGCGCCCAAGGUCGCGUCAUAGUGGAGACAGCGCGGCCAGCUUUACCGUACUUCGCCACAUGCACCAGCUACCGUCGCCAGGUGCCAAGUACCAGCACACCGAACGAGAUAGCUGCCAGUGUUUCCGGCACGUCGUCGAGCACCACACAAACGGACCAACAAUCGACCGGUUCUAGCAGCAACAGGGGCGCCAUCAGCAAGAACGCGUUGUUUUCGGCUCACAGUAUCGCGGCAAGGCCGGAAGACCUCGGUGUAAUACCCUGGCACUUGGAGGAUUACACGACUAUCGAUUCCUCGCCGGGACUCGUAGGCGAUCGGAGCUCGUACCCCUCGUACCCGCGCAUGGACACGGAAAUGAAGGCUGACGCCACGUCUACGAGGAACAGCAGCAUCGAGAGUGAGCUACCACGACCGUCCACGGUAAGCGCCGCGCCCAGGAAAGCGUAUAUGGAUCUGAGAGACGCCAUUGCCCUGCUGGACGAAACGUGUCCGAAUCAGGAGCCCAGCCCGUCCCUCACGCCGAGGACACCGAGGACACCGUUGACGCCACACCCGAGGAACAAAAGGGCGAGAUCGAAGAGCAGCGACAAUUCGUCCAGCUACAGCAACGAACGGCUGAACGAUCGAUCGUUCGAGAAAGAGGGCAAAGAGAAGAAGCGACCGUUCCUCAAGAAGAUCGGCAUCUCGAAGACGGAGGACAAACCGUUUCUGGCGAAGCUGGCGCCUAAGAUUAUCGGCAAACCUUAUUUGGAGAAGAUAGGUCCUAGCAAAGCGGUGGAGAAGCCGUUCUUGGAUAAGAUUGGAUCGUCGAAGACGUUGGACAAGUUCACGUUCGAGACUCCGCGUUACGAGAGGAGGGUCGAAACGUGGAAUGAAACGUGUAUGGAAGAUACGGGAAAGGUUGAAGAAGAGGUGAAACCGGAGGAAAGGAGGGGUAUUCAGAAGAGCACGAGGUUGGAGCAGUCGUUUGAUAUUCAACGAAGGAAGUCUGGAAAGGGUACUUUGUUGAAGAUGUAUUCUUUUGAGACCGAGGACUUAGACUCGACCGUUCAAGUGAAGGACAAUCGAGAUCCUCUUCGAGGCGCCUCUUUGGACGACGUUCUGGAUUCUGGGCCUAGCUCUUUGCCAUUGGAGACCACUGCGACGAACGAAUCACCGAAACCAGAAACGAAGGAACGGGUCAGCAACGGGGCUGAAUUGCUCAAGUGUCGCGUCACGACCAGCGAGGAGAUCAUCUUUACGAACACCAGCGUUGGUUCUGACAAGGAGCCUAAUAGUUGGGGAAAUUCGCCGAAGAAGAAAUGGCAAUUUAAGAGAGACUCGUCGACACCGAAAACGCCCGCGCAUCGGAAAGUGAUCCAAAGCUCUCAGAACAUUGAUCAGAGUCAAGAUAGUAUUCCCAAUUCGCCAAUGAAACGUCCCAUUUCAUCCGUUCUUACUGGUCAAAAUGAUUCACAGGCUGAUUCCUCAGAGAAGAACAUUUAUUCUCCGUUGAAGACUAGAAGGCAGACGUACGAAGAUUUGUUAGACAGAAAUGAUAAGGUUCAAGAUGAAAAAGUAGGGAAACAAGCGCAGUUCGAGAGACGAGGUAUCUCCUCGGAUAAUCUUUUGUCCAAGGAUCGCUCUGUUGCCUCCAUUGGAUAUCAAGAGAGUAAUCAGAUUGAGAAAGCGAGAGAAGCAUCGUCAGAGGAUUAUCUGGCACAUAAGAUUGGCCAGGAAUACACGAGGGAAACGUUUAAACAACUUCAGGAUAAGUUUAGGUACCAUGAAAUACCCACUGAAACGUAUGCGGACUUCAAAAGACGCACGAGAGGUAGUGUUCAAAGUAUAAUUGGAAGGCAACAAGAACGAUUGAAGGUAAAUAAUAUCGCGUCAGAUGUUCGUGACGAAAGUUCGAAAGACACUGUGUUGAAAACAGAGGAAGAAUCGGUAAGCUCGACUCCCGUUAAGAUGGAAACAGAUUCGACUUCUGACGACAAGAACGAGAUAGUACGAGUCCAUACAGUCAGAUCGGUAUUGAAGAAACAGCAAGGUAUAGACCAGCCUAGUGAUCAAGAAUUGGAUACCAAUUCGUCUAUAAGACGACCAAAGAGAAGGAUUUUCCACGAACCGUCUCAGGAGACGAUGGACUUGUUGACUGAACUAAGAAAAGUGAAGAGUUUGUUGAAAACUCCAUCGUGGGAGAAGGAUCUCGAGCUGGACAAAAAGCCGGUCCGACAGCCUAAGCGUAUUUUGUUGACCGACAAGGAAUUCUGUCUGUCUGUUGAGCGGGAGAAUAGUAUUCGCCGUCCAUCAAAGGUAAUCAAUUCGCUGCAGAAAACGGAGGAAGGGCAGACGGAUGGGAAGCAA